AUGCGCGACCUGAAGAAGCUCGGAGCUUUGCAGCAAGAGAAGAGACCCGCAGAACGGAAGCCCAAAGGCUCAGCCGUCAAAAAGGCUAAGCGUGCAGCGUCCACAGCAUCGGUAGAUCCAAACACGCAGUUGUUACAUGACCGGCGUGUGCUGCUGAUUCCCUACGGGCCCGACAUGGGUCGGAAGCGGCUGGAGAUUUUGAAGGGACUGGUGAACAAGUUGGUGAGUUUGGUUAUCGCGAGCGCGCAACUGAAGCAAGACAAGGCAGCCGAGUUUUUGCGAGUCGACAAAUUUCCUCCGCCUACCGUGGAAGUUUACACACCGGAAUGGCUAGUGUAUUUACGGCAAGAAAAGAAGAUCCCGCCCGAAGGAUCAAUGCUGUCAUGGUCUGAGCAGCAACAGGUCCACGAAGAAGCGGCGCAACAUGAGCAGCACUGUGAGGAAGUAGCUCAGCAGCUGGAGGAGAAGAGGGCUCGGAAGAAGAAGAGUGAUGAUAGCGACAGCGACGAAGGCUCAAACUCGGACAACUCGGCCACGAGGGAAAUCGUGCGAGCGCCACCCGUGCAUAUCGACAGCCAAGAAGUUCGCCAACAGCAAGCAGAACUUAACGAGAAGAACCGCAAAUUGGUGGAAGAGCGCACACCUAUCUUUUACAAGAACAACCCAGGUUUCCGACCGAUUAACGAGGUAGCAGUACCUGAUUCCAAGAAGAUCAAGGGCGAAGGGUUUAUCUGCCAACGAUCAUCGGCGGUCCAACAAAAUCUCAACGCACAUCUGACUGACCCCCUGGAGGAAAUGAUGGAGUUUCUCGACGUCGAAAAGGAUAUUUGGCGACAGUAUAUGUAUAAGAAAGUUGUAUCCAGUCUCAAAGCCAUGCGCCAUCGCGUUUGCAGUGUAAAGGAUUUUAAAGAUAUGCACUGGGUUAAGGGGCGCCUGAGAGACAAAGUCAUCGAGAUCCUUGAGACUGGGCGUUUGGCCAAGCUCGAAGCGAAAAAGAAGAACCCACGGCUCCGCGCACUAGUAGAGAUCGCACGAAUCUGGGGUGUUGGCCCAGUCACCGCUGCAAAGCUCUAUGGGCAGGGAUACAAGUCAGUGGAGGAUCUACGAAAGCCCGAAGCUGCUGCUGUUUUGACAGCGCAGCAACAGAUCGGCGUGAAGCAUUACGAGGAUCUGCUCACAAAAAUCCCGAGGGCUGAGGUCCAGCAGAUCGAGCAAAUUGUCGUUGAUGAAGUUCACAAACUCAUGCCAAACGCGAUUGCGCUGGCCUGUGGCUCCUAUCGUCGCGGAAAGCUGUCAUCUGGAGAUUGCGAUGUGUUGGUUACCGACCCCGACGCUGAAUCGUACGAUAUUCUGCCCCAGUUACUUAAGCGCCUCCACGCAUCGGGACGACCUGACCCAUUUUCAGAAGCAGAAAAGUGGUGGGUGUGA